ACAAACCCCUCGCAAAAUUUGAAGCUCAGUCUGGCAGAGAGGGUCGGAGAAAUGGGCCUCAGAAAUCUAAAACAAUGGAAGAGCUUCGCCAUAGAAGCACUGAAUCAGUCAUUUUUGGUCGCCAAAUUCCUCUGCUUCCUUCACGUCACCAACACCUAUCUCUGCACUGUUGCUCUAACCUAUGGCCCCAGUAUGCUUCCGACUCUUAACCUCACCGGUGAUCUCGUCCUCGCUGAGAAGAUCUCGCCCCGGAUUGGCAAGGUGGGUCCUGGCGAUGUCGUUCUUGUGCGGUCCCCUGUCAAUCCUAGAAGGGUAGUGACCAAACGCGUGAUUGGCAUAGAAGGUGAUAGUGUCACUUAUGUUGUUGACCCCAAAAACAGCGAUAGAAGCGAUACUAUUGUGGUUCCUAAGGGGCAUAUUUGGAUAGAGGGAGAUAACAUAUAUGAUUCGAAUGACUCAAGAAAGUUUGGGGCAGUUCCAUAUGGCCUUCUUCAGGCAAAAGUAUUUUGGAGGGUAUUGCCGCCGAAAGAUUUUGGACCUUUGGGACAAAGAGCGAAAUAAAUGAAUGACUAUGAACUAAAAGAGGAGGGAGGGGGACCCUAGGCAUAAGAAGAAAUAAAGUUCAUAAGUUCUCUUUCUGUGUUUUGAGCAACCUAUAUCUAAGGCCUAGAGAAAUAUCUCAUAUUUGGUUUUGAACUUCAUACAUUUUUAUGCUUUGGCCAUCAAAAUUGUAGAUUGCAAUGUGCCUACCACUUUAUCACCAUUGGAGGAUUUUCUUUGUAAGCAUUGAUGUCACUUGUCUUCUCUCAAUAUUGGCUAGUGGAAGUGCAGUUACAUGGUAAAAUCAUUAUUUUUGUCUCUAAGCAUUGCAAGAAUUGUCAUCAGGGUGAAUCAAUCUUUGAGAUCUUUGAACCAUGGUUUGGAUUGAAGACAUUGGGUAUGAAAGAUCACACUUGUUAGAAAGUUCUGCUUCUUUGCUUAUAUUAAAGAGAACCAAGUAGCAGGCGUAUCAUGGGACACAUCAAUGAAGGCUGGCAAUAAACUUUCAUUUUUCUCAUGCUGUUGUAUUUUAAGAGGAAUCUGGUCUGUAAGCCUUUGAAAUUGGCAGGGAUUUUCGGUCUUUGUAAAACUACAUUAAUAAGCACAGGCUUAAUUAGUCCAACCUUUUAUUGAA